CGUUUACGCCAACGACAAACGACCAACUACCACGUUCUGAUUUGUGUAUUGUUUCUCUACUCUCGUGCGGAUGGAUGGAUGCUCUAGGACGUGCUCGUAGUCGUAGUGUGACAAGCAGCCGUGAUUUAAUGAAGCCAAGAGUCCGAGAGCUCGUGCAAUGCUAUGCAAUGCAAGCAAGCAAGCCAAGCAAGCCAAGACGCCGCACUGCUCUAGUACUCUAGUAUGCGGGCGGGAUGAGAGGCAGAAAAUGAAAUGGAAGAAAGCUGAGGAAGGAACCAGAGAGAGAGAGAGAGAGAAAGAGAAAGAGAAAGGGGAGGGAGAGAGAACAAAGAGAGAAAAAUUAAACAGAAACAGUUGCGUAAAAACAGCCACCUGCAACAAGUUAUGCAAAGCUAUAUCAGACUCCCUCAAUGCCGCUCAGCUCAACCCAACCUAACCCAGACCAACCCAGCCCAACCCAGCCCAUCUAAUCUCAUAUCCCGAUCUCAGCACUCCACUCACGACUCUGCAAUGUCCAGCCCCGCCUUCUUCAGCCCAUUCAAGUACUCGUUCUUCAAAUCGCCCGCAGUCUCCGCCUCCGUCUCCGCAGCCCCAGCAGCAGCACCCUCCCCCACACCCUC